ACUUCGUCUACUAUUUUCAUUGUUUUUUUUUUCUGAAACUACUAUUGUUAUUGUUUCCCAAUCACUUAAUUAAUUAAUAAAACUUGGAAAAAAAAGAAACAUGAUAACAGCUUUGGUUGGAUUUGGCAUGUGGUUCUGUUAGAUACCAAACCCAAUCACUCGCAUUUUCAUCUUAGCAUCUCUCUAAAUUCCUGCUUUUUAUACCAUCUUCUCUCCCCCCAUACCAAUCACUAACCUCAUUAUUAUUUGUUUAGAUUCAACCAGAUUAAUUAGCGGGUUUAAAGAUAAAAUUCUGUAGCAAGAGAAUGCCGUCAAACAGUGAUCGCCUCUUUUUCUUUUCAUCUUCUUCCCUUUCAUCUUCGUCAUCUUCUUCUCAGCUAAGCACUCCAAGUGAAUGUCAAAAUGGGUCUUCUCGAACCAUAACUAAAUCUCCUCUCUGGGAUGUGGAGAAGGCCAAGUGCAGCUUCGGUUUCUCAAAGCCUAAGUCUAGCGAAGUACUGAAGGAAGAGAUAGCCGAGCUUGAGACAGAGAUCUUACAGUUAGAGCGGUACCUUCUCUCGCUCUACAGAACAUCGUUUGGAGAUCAUUUGCAUGCAUUCACGUUACGAGAUGAUUCUUCGCUUCCUCCACCAAAGCCAAACACGACUAAAUUUCAAAAUGACAGAGUCACUUCUGUGUCUGAUACAUCUCUCUCGUCGAGCAUCAAACCGUUGUCUGAAUCGGACAAUAAACAAAGAUCAGAGUUCAGCAACCCGAGUUUGGCAGAUCUUCUUGGUCUUAACACUCUCAGUUCCAAUAAACUCUCUGAAGAGAUUGUGAGACUUAUCUGUGUAAUAAUCAUCAAACUCUCAGACAAGGGACAAAGUAGAUUUGUCAAGAAUGAAAAAUAUGGAGAAGAACUUGGAGUUGUUAUCAAUACACUUCGCCUAAAUGAGGUCAAUUUGAAGUCCGUAGAGAGUUUUCUUCAGAAAUUCAGAUCAUUGGUUCAAAAGCUUGAGAAAGUUGAUCCGACAAGUAUGACUCGGGAGGAGAAGCUUGCAUUCUGGAUCAAUAUUCAUAAUGCUCUGGUGAUGCACGCGUAUAUACUAUAUGGGACUGGUGAAGAUAUAACAGGCACAAAGGCAGCAUUUAACAUAGGUGGGGAGUGGGUAAACGUAUACGAUGUUCAGAGUUCUAUUUUAGGAAUUCGUGCAAGCCAUUCACCAACACGUGUAUGGACGUUGUUUUCACCGGCUAGGAGUUCAAAGACAAGUAGGAGUCACACAUAUGCGUUGGAGUAUGCGGAGCCACUUCUUCAUUUUGCCCUUUCAACUGGAACAUUAACUGAUCCAAUGGUUCGAGUUUAUACAGCGGAAGGAAUACUCCAAGAACUUAGGCAAGCAAGAGACAGUUUCAUACAAACAAGUGUUGGAUUUGAAAAGGAGACAUGGAUUCUAUUGUCAAAGAUCAUUUACAACUAUGCAAAUGACACUUCUCUGGACAUGGCUGAACUUUUCAAUACAAUAUCAGGGUGCCUAACAGAGACACAAAGAACACAAAUGAAAAGGGCUGUGAAAAAAAAGCAAGAUAGAUGCAUUCGCUGGAUGAAGCAUGAUUCCGACUUCCGUUAUAUUAUCCAUUGUCGGAAUACGUACGAGAUAGUCUAGGAAUCUGAACUCAUAUCUUUUGUAUCUAUAAUCGUUCCAUGUUCUUGUUUUAUUACAAAAAGUUGUCUGCAUCACUUA